AUGGCAGCUCUCGCCAGCUCUCUCAUCAGACAGAAACGGGCGGUCAAGGACGACCAAGCCAACCGACCGGUAACCAACAAGCGCAAGCCCUGCCCUAAGAGCAACAAGUCCUUGUGCCAGAAACAGAUCCUGGUCCUGAUCUCCAAAGUACGACUAUGCGGGGGUCGAAAAGGUCGAAACGACAAAAGACCGGGUGAACCCACGAGACCUGUUAACGUCAGCCACCGAGGCGCCCUGGUUGAGCCACAGCUGAAAGGCAUCGUUACCCGGCUAUACAGCCAACAUGGAUACUACCUGCAGAUGCAGCCUGACGGUACCAUGGACAGCACAAGGGAUGAAAGCAGCUCAUUUUCACAGUUCAAUUUAAUUCCAGUGGGACUGCGGAUUGUGGCAAUCCAGGGGGCAAAAACAGGGUUGUACCUUGCCAUGAAUAGUGACGGAUACCUCUACACCUCGGAGCACUUCACUCCAGAGUGUAAGUUCAAGGAGAGUGUGUUUGAGAACUACUACGUUACGUAUUCCUCCAUGCUGUAUCGCCAGACCCAGUCUGGCCGCUCCUGGUAUAUCGGUAUCAAUCGUGACGGCCAGGUCAUGAAGGGCAACCGGGUAAAGAAGACCAAAGGAGCUGCUCACUUCCUGCCUAAAGUUAUCGAGGUUGCGAUGUAUAAGGAGCCGUCACUGCAUGAGCUCGCCAGUGAACCAGUGAGUCCUCCUCGGAAGACAGUGAAAACUUCAGAUUCGCCUUCCCUAAAGAAUGGACAGAAAGAAGCUCCCAAGGCUGAUGCCUCAUAG